UUAAGGCACAUUGGUUCCCGUGUCUGCCUGUUUAGAGCUUGCUGCGAUCGAACGAUCUGGGUUUAGGGGAACAACUGGUACUUCCGAAAAUGCUCGCAACCGUGGAGCAGCUCUCGUCGGACGACAAACACUGCGGCGAUGUAACGGCCAUUCUUUUUGCCAAAGAUCACGUUUUUAGCGCUGGAGGCGAUGGGAAAGUAAAGGUGUGGAGUAAAGAUUUGAAGCUAGUGAAAGAGCUGGCGCCGCAUGAAGCGCACAUCUACGCGAUGGCAGUAGACGCCGGUGGCCGAAUCUAUACGAGCAGUUCCGAUGGGACGAUUAAAUGUCUCAGCGAUCCGUUAACCAGCGAUGCGUGCAAGGAACUAUUGAAAUGCAACGACGAGAUCGAGUGUUUGUUCGUCGAUCGGAAGGAUAAUUUGUACAGUGGCGACGAUAAGGGCAUCAUCACACAGUGGAUCGAUCAGCGGAUCAAGUACAAGUUCAACGUGGUCGAGCAGGUGCGCUCGAUGGCGGUACAGAACAAUAUCAUCUAUUCGAUUCGGGACAAUGAUCUUACCGUGACGGAAAUCAUCGAAGGUUCCGCGUCCGGCAGGUUCAUGGCGAAGGCUUCCAUUCCCGGCAAAUGUCCGGUGAAGCUAUGCGGCAGCUGCACCGAAGACGGUGUGUACAGUUGUGCGGCCAUUCUGACGCGCGAUGGACGCGGCGUUACGCUGGUAAAGAACAGCAAAGCGGAUCGGUACCCUGUGAUAUGGACCAAAGUGGAUGCCCACAGUAUGAUCAUCAACAUGAUGGCUGCGGCCGAGGAGUAUCUGUACACGGCAGGCUAUGGUGGUGCGUUGAAGCAAUGGACCGGACUGGAUGCAAAAGAACCGCAACUAUCAGGGGAACUAGUCCUCGAUGCUGAAGUUUGCAUCAACGCCGCGGCCGUUGGUGCUGAGAAAAAUCAAGUUUAUGUUGGCGGUAGUGACGGCGCGUUGCGUUUGGUGAAGUUUGGUUAACUGUCGCCUCCGACUGAAGAGAUUAUCAUUACUCGGUUGGUGCCUUGUGCCAUCGAAACAGGCAGUGAUGAACCAGUCGCCCUGGCUGGGGUCUAUUUUUUGUCCACUGUUUUGCUCUACCAUUAGUUACUAACAAAUGCUAGCAAAAUUUAAAUACAGCAAACAUCAAGCGGGUGGCUGUUUUAGA